CGUCGUAAAAAAGUUGAGUUUACAAACUUUGGGACGGGAGUGAAGUUCGGACAGCAGCAACAAGAUCUAUCGAACUGGCCGAGGCAAAGAGAAAGUACAUUUCUUAUUACUUCUCUAAUGUAGGGACAGAUUUGUGUUUUUAAUCUAACUCUUCCAGAAUUGUUUUAAGGCGAGUUUGACGGCAGCAAGGUGAUAACUAUUUUUGUCCACACAGAGGAGGGUUCAUGAAAGUUUCCAGAGAGCUCAACGUUUGAUUUCUCUCUUCGCCUCGUAACUUUUUCGUUUUUAUAUUUGCUGUAUUGCGUUGUAAUUUUUCCACUAAGCCAAAAUGAGCAACCCACUGCAGCCAAUGCCAGGACAACAAGUUAUCCAUGUCGCGCAGGACUCUGAUACGGAUCUCGAGGCGCUUUUUAAUUCGGUUAUGAACCCGAAACCCAGUUCAUGGAGGAAAAAAAUGUUACCCGAGUCUUUUUUCAAGGAGCCAGAUUCUGGAUCUCACUCCCGACAGUCGAGUACUGAUUCGGGCAGCCACCCGCCCAGGCUCACCGUACAACAUGUACGGUCACAUUCCUCGCCCGCGUCCUUACAGCUUGGAUUGGGAGCCAAUCCAACUCCAAGCCCAGUACAUCACUCGCACAUCCGGCACCAGUCUUUCGAUGUUGCCGAAGAGUUGCCCCUGCCCCCUGGAUGGGAGAUGGCCUACACGUCAACUGGACAGAAGUACUUUCUCAAUCACGUGGAGAAGAUCACUACGUGGCAUGAUCCUCGUAAGACCAUGACGGCAGCCAUGAAUCAGAUGAGCCUCCACGCCCCCCCACCCACCAUCACCCCACAGCAACGCAACAUGGCCCUGUCCCAGCCCAACCUCGGAGAGCUGCCUGAUGGCUGGGAGCAGGCUGAAAACCCUAAUGGAGAAACCUACUUCAUUGACCAUAAAACACACAGAACAUCCUGGCUCGACCCACGCGUGGAUGCUCACCUCAUGAUGUCCCAACACCAUCACCAGCAGCAACUGCAACACACCCAGCAGCAGCAGGCCCAGCAGCCUCAGCAGCCCCAACAGGCCCAGGCCCAAGCCUUGGGCUCACCUGGCUCACUGCCCCAGCAGCAGAGCUCCCAGACUGGGAUGAUGAGCCUGUCCAGUCCCCUGGGUGUGGGGGUCAGUGCCCAGCACCAGCAGAAGAUGAGGCUGCAGCGCAUCCAGCUGGAGAGGGAGAGGAUCCAGAGACGACAGGAGGAGCUCAUGAGACAGGAGGUGGCGCUGUGUAGACAGCUGCCCAUGGACUCUGAGAGCAUGGCACCAGUGCCCACCCCCGGUGGCAACCCUGCCCAGCCCAUGACACAUGGCAACAUGCCCACCAACGGAUCCGACCCCUUCCUCAACAGUGGUCACUUCCAGCACUCACGGGAGCAGAGCACAGACAGUGGCCUGGGGCUGGGCUGUUACAGCAUCCCCACCACCCCAGAGGACUUCCUCAAUAACAUGGAGGAGAUGGACACAGGUGAGAGCAUGGCACAGGCGGGCAGUAUGAACGUGCCCCAGCACAGCCGCUUCCCAGACUUCUUGGACUCUCUGCCAGGCACCAACGUGGACCUGGGAACCCUGGAGGGAGCAGACCUCAUCCCUAUCCUCAACGACGUGGAGUCAGUCCUCAACAAGAGCGAGCCCUUCCUCACUUGGCUGUAAACACACAUAAACACACACACAACUUCUACACACAUAUAUACACAUCCAUACUCAGCCAUAAAAAACACCCAACAAACAGGAUGAAAGACUCACUCCACAUAUCUAAAGACUCAUCUAUGCUACCUUUAGCUACUUAUUCAAAUCAGCAUUAUCUCUUCUUCCCACUUCUCCAUGUGUACAGUAAUAUUACGCUCUGUCUGUCUACCCUCUGUCUGCCAGACCACGUAGCGUCAAUCUGAGUUCAGUUCUGAUCAAAGAUAUAAAGAGUAUUCAUCAAAGCCUUGAGAGAACAAAAACAAAUCAAAACAUGACAUGUAUUAACGUGUACUUCACUAUUGGAGUUAUUGUAUGAUAAACGAACAAAGUUAGUAGUUUUGGUUUUGUAUGUUCUGUAAGACUUCCCCUGAGAACCCACUCUGGUUUAUUAAUCACAAUUGAUAAAAAAAAUUAUACAGCAUUCCUUUCUCUCUUGGGGUGACUUUCUAUGUGGAACAAGUACUUGGUGAAAAUAAACAAAAUUGGCUUCCUAUGGGAUUGCUUUGACGUAACUGUCAAACGUAUGCAGGGAGGCUUUUUCACCAAUAGGUGGAGCUAUUGCUUAAGCUACUGUAGUUCUUAUGAAAUGGAUCUUUACUGGCUACAAGGCUGUUCGUCUGUAGGUUCUUGGUAUAAAGUGGACCUCUGUCGGCUACAGCACUGUAAACCUUCUUCUCUAUCACCAACAGUGUCCUAACUGUCAGUUUGGGUUAGAAUAAAAACCCGAUUUUCUUUGUUACUGUUGCUUCUGUUCGCAAAAACAACCAUCUUGGAUUCACUUCAAUAUCAUCAGUAGUGGCCAUGAGAGCAAAGUGUGUUGUAUACCAAAUAAUGUUUCCUGUUGUCCGCUUCAAUGUCACUACAAAAGCUUUAAAUCUUAAAAAUUGUACUCAGUUUGAUUUUUAAAGAGAACCAUGUUUUUUUGUUUUUGUCAUUUUACUAAUUGUACUCAAGCUGAUUCCAAUAUAGCUAUUAUAACACUAAAAGCUCAUGCCUCAGUUAUGCAAUGACGUGCAUACGUAGAAUUGUGUUUUAUACCAUGUACUUUUUAUAUCAUGCUACAAGUAUUAUUUUUUCUUUACUGUAAAAUAGCCUAGAUGGGUUCUUUGCAUCUGGUGCCAUUGUAGGACUUAUAAUAUAAAGUUUGCAUUUUUAGUAUUUAUCAAGAGCUAUGUUUCUUACAAAUUUUUGAUUUUUAAAAAUGGAAUUGAGAUUUCAAAGCACUGCAAAUCAGCAAGGGAUUCAAAGAUAUCUGAUCAUGAAGUGAAUGUUGAAGUUAGAUGACCACCAGAAGCUCCCACUAGACGUUUUGGUUCAAUGUGCGUUGAGGCUUGAUAAUCCUUCGUAAGCAAACUCUGUCCUUGGUCCUCAGUUGGUCUUUGGGCUUGCAAAGUCUGUUUGAAAACCCAAAGGACAACUUUUCUAAUAUCUGUUCUGCGGGGAAAUAUGCAACAAUAGUAUUUUACGUGGCCUGAGAUUAUUGUGCCUAUGCGUUUAAAGGAUUUUUACUGAAUCGUCAGGUUGGAUUGACAUGGGGUUGGCGUUAUGAUUUAGUUUUAAAGUGCCAGCCCCUCAACACAAUCCGCUCAGAUAGUUUUUUUUCUACAUUUUGUAUUUGCAUGUUGAAUGACAUAUUUGUGAUUCCUAGCGUUAGGUUCUCUAUAGCUCGACCUUAUAUUGUGACUAUACUGAGUCUGGUUACUGUGUAGAACGUUAGGACUGACAAGGCGAGAAAGUGAUGGAUCCUGGGAAGGGGCAGGUGAAUAGAUGGCGAGAGAGAGGGAGGGGGGUUGAGUUUAGGGAGGGGGAGGGCAACCAAAACACGCUACUUUUCAGCGCGGCGGCCAACACGGCGCUCAUGACGUCCUAACGUCGAGGUGAAGAGGGGCCUAGAGCGGGAUGAGAGGAAGCACACGGUUACCCCACCAUCACCACUACCACAUGUCUCAUUGGAGAGGUGUGUAUUGGGGGACAUGGUGUGGAUUAGUGUCGAAGAUUGUAGGCGUCUCUAUUACCCAAGCAUGGCCUAAGAAGGCUAGCUCUGACAGGGCUAGCAACAUGCUAACUUAUGCCCAGGCCCAGGCCUAGCUGAUGAAAAGCGCUCCAGUGAGAGGUGAUGAGGUCUUUUGAGAAUCAGACAAGCUGAUUGGGAUGAGGCUUAACACUGUCCAAUCACACAGCUUCCUCUCCUGGUGUCUGUGUGCAUUAGGGAGGUUUCCUGUCUGUGUUUUCUAUUGAAUGACAUGCUGUUUCAGCUCUAAUAACACAAGCCAGAGGAGCACUGAGGGGGGACACUGGGCAGGGCUGUCUGUGCAUCAUUACUGGGGACACAAUUCAAGGGUGUACCAGUUCGUGGGGGCAAGAUUCAAGGUUGCACCAGUAUGAAGGGCACAAGUUAAAAGUUCAAGAAAAUGGAUAAUAGCAUUUAUAUCAGAUUGAUUGUCUUUUUGUAAAUCUUUACUUUGGGGGUUAGAAAUACCUGAUAAAGAGAUGGAUCCUUUGAGACCAUAGAUAGGGGAUGAACACAGUGGUGGUGUUAUACAAUAAAGAGUUUGAGGAAAUGGUUUGGUGCGUGUGGGGCACAUGUUUGACUACAGGGUGCAUAGAGUGGCAUGACAUGGAUUGGGCAGGAUAACGCUGUAGCAGAAUAUAGCGCAGUAUAUCGCAGUGGCUAGGCUACAGCUGCAGGGUUGGAUGAGACGGGGGUGUGAUGUCAGUAGGUACAGUGUUCUUGGAACUUUGAAGGCAUGCUCAUUGGUUGUGGAAAUCACACACCAACAAAAUGGCCGUAUACUGUAUCCUGGCAGUGUGGAGUUCAUUUUGACAUAAUGUAACCUCGGCAAGGAGUCUCUGAAAACGAGAAUUGAAAGUCGUGUAACAUGUAAAAAAAAUAAACUGAAUAAAAUGGCGUCAGAACCGUG